UUGAGGCGAGGGAAGGAGGGAGAGGAGGAGAGGGAGGAAGAUCUUGCCCCCCCCCCAGUGGAAUAAGGGGGUGAAGGUUUAUUGGGGUGCCCACUAGAACCCCACAUAUAUCCCACCCUAUUGGGGGACGCCCCCCCGCAGUCCAUCCAGCCUCUCCCAUGGGGGCGGCCAGCUGCGAAGACGAGGAUCUGGAAUUCAAGCUGAUCUUUGGAGAAGAGGAGAAGGACCCCCCGGGAAUGGGGGUAUCGCUGGAAGACCUCGACGCUGAAGACCUCCCUCCGUGUUGCACCUUGGCCCUGGAUGACCCACCGGCCUAUGCCUCCCCCCUAGGCAUCCCAUGCCCGCCCCGCCUGGGCGGGGGUCCCCGGGCUGGCAUGCACUCCCCCCCGCCCCGCCCAGCACGGGAUGACACCUUUGAGAGCCAGCCGGCGCGGUGGGUGCGCCUGGGGGCCGACGCCCGCGUCCUGGAGUGCCCCAGCAUCCAGAUCACCACCAUCUCGCCUGGCGCCGACUGGGAUUGCUCUCCACGCGACUACCUGCCCCUGGAAGCCUACAGCGGCUACCGGGAGGCCCCUCUGGCCUCCGGCUUCUUCACCCCCAGUCCUGCCAGCAGUGGCAGUGCUUCCCCCUGGAGCUUCUUCUCGGACGAUGAUGGGACGGGCGGUGACGACGUGGAGCGGGAGCUGAACGAAGCUGCCGCCCGCUUCGCCCUCAGCUCCCCCUGUGGCUCACCCAAGCCCUGGGCCGGGCUGGAGGAGCCCUGGGGGCUGUACCCUGCUGGGCGGGGGGCCGAGGACAGCUGGGUGGCCCUGGCACCCCGCCCGACCUCACCCUGCGGCAAGCGGCGCUACUCCAGCUCGGAGACCCAUUCCUCGGCCUCGCCCUGCCUCUCCCGCCGUGGCAGCCUGGGCGAGGAGGGAGGCGGGGAGGGGAUUGAUGGGGUGGGCGGGGAGGGGCCACCCUACGAGGCUGCCGGGCAGCACCCCCCAGCUGAGAGCAUCCCGCAGAAGGCCCGCAAGACCUCCACUGAGCAGACGGUGGCGCUGACGCGGAAGGAGGAGGGGUGCUGCAAUGGUGACGACGGGGGGUUUGGGGCAGCCCGCAAGGAAGGGAUGGACUAUCUGGCCGUGCCCUCCCCGCUGGGCUGGUCCAAGGCCAGGAUCGGGGGCCACAGCCCCAUCUUCAGGUCAUCCGCUCUGCCUCCCUUAGACUGGCCCUUGCCUAGCCAAUAUGAACAAUACGAGCUGAAGAUUGAAGUCCAGCCCCGGACACACCACCGGGCCCAUUACGAGACCGAGGGCAGCCGGGGGGCCGUGAAGGCCGCCCCGGGGGGUCACCCCGUGGUGAAGCUUCUGGGCUACGACGAGAAGCCGCUGACCCUGCAGAUGUUCAUUGGCACGGCCGACGAGCGCAACCUGCGGCCUCAUGCCUUCUACCAGGUGCACCGCAUCACCGGCAAGAUGGUGGCCACUGCAAGCUACGAGACCAUCAUUAGCAGCACCAAGGUGCUGGAGAUGUCCCUGCUGCCCGAGAACAACAUGGCGGCCAACAUUGACUGUGCGGGGAUCCUGAAGCUACGGAACUCGGACAUCGAGCUGCGGAAGGGCGAGACCGACAUCGGGCGCAAGAACACCCGGGUCCGGCUGGUGUUCAGGGUCCACGUCCCCCAGGGCAAUGGGAAAGUCGUCUCCAUCCAAACCGCCUCCGUGCCCAUCGAGUGCUCCCAGCGCUCGGCACAGGAGCUCCCCCAGGUGGAGAGGUGCAGCCUCAGCGCAGGGUCGGGGCGCGGAGGCGAGGAGAUGGUGCUGUCUGGUGCCAACUUCCUGCCUGAUUCCAAGGUCAUCUUCAUUGAAAGGGGUCCCGAUGGGAAGCUCCAAUGGGAGGAGGAGGCCUGUAUCAACCGGCUCAAGAGCAACGAGACCACGCUGACCCUCACAGUCCCAGAAUACAGCAACCCACAGGUGGCCCGGCCUGUCCAGGUCUAUUUCUACGUCUCCAACGGGCGGCGGAAACGGAGCCCAACGCAGGCCUUUAAAUACCUGCCCGUGAUCUUCAAGGAGGAGCCACCCCCCUCCUCCCCACUCCGCGGCUUCCCCCUCGGCCCCUCCUCUCCAGUGCCCCCUUGCAGUCCCCCUUACCCUCCUGAGGGCCCCGGGGACAUGGACAUUUCCCCCAGUCGCCCCCACUUCCCCUGCUACCCUGAUGACUCCCCCUACAGGGCUGGCUAUUCCUCCUCCCCCGCGGCCUUCGGGAACCCCUCCCCAUACCCUGACGGGCCCCCACUGCUCCCUUUGACACCCCCUUAUCACCGCUGCCUGGCCACCGAGCCCUCCCACCGCUACCCCCACACGGAGCAGUACGGGGGGGCUGGGCUGACGGUGCCCCCCCACUUCCAUCCACUGGGCUACCGGCCCCCCCACUUCCAGGCCCCUGCCCAGCUCACCCCACCACCACUGUCAGAGGGAGCCGGGCCCCCCAACUGGGGGGAUCCGGAGUCGGGGGAGACUGAGGAGGUGGAGAAACCCAGAGGCAGCGGAUACCGGGUGGCUUUCCGUGACAGCUUGCCUGUCCAGGGGAUCACGCUGGAGGAAGUGACCGAGAUCAUCGGCCGGGACCUGAGUGACUUCCCGGAGCCACUCUGUGAAGGCAGGGGGAGCUGAGACCCUGGCCGUUCCCGGGUCCUUCCUGGCCUAUCCAAGCUCUGUCCAUCUCAUUUCUGUUCAUCCGUCUGUCUAAGCUCUCUGUCUGUCUGUCUGUCCAAGCUCUCUGUCCAUCGAUCACAGCUCCAUCCAUUCAUCCAUCCUAGCCCUGUCCAUCUGUCCUAGCUCUCUGUCUGCCUGUCCUAGUUCUCCAUCAUUCUGUCCAUCUCUCUUUCUUUCUACAUCAGGGAAGGAUGACUCUGAAGUCCCCAUCCCCACCCCUUUCUCUCCUCCCCCAAGCACCCCUCCCAUCUGGGCUUCACAGCAUAUGCCAGCUGCGGGGGGCCCCCAGACUAUAUCACCCCCAUUCUCUGCCUCCCUCCUGGAGCCAUUUUCCUAUGGGGCAAAAAUACCCAACCAGGGGGAGGGGGAUAGUCCUAUCCCCUCUGUAUGAGCCCACCCCCAUCAACUCAGCAAUGCGGGAGGGGGGCAGAUAUGGCUAAUGGUGGGGAAGAGGGAGGAGUUCAAGCCAUCAGAUUUUGCAGGGUAUAGGAAACAUCUCUCCCCCCCCCCCGGGGUAAAAUAAUUCUCCAAUAGAGUGGGGGAGGAGGUGCCACCCUAUGGUGUCACAUGGAAGCCCCUUCCCUGGAUCUCCCCCCCAAUGGGGACAAGAAGGAGUUAAUGCCUACAAUGGUAUUGUUGUGGGGCUCGCAGAGAGGGGUGUCUAUGAUUAUAUCCAGUUUUAUAUCGUUUAUUUUUUCCCUGACUUCUCCUUUUCUUUGAAUCCUGGUUUGUUUUGUAAUAAAAUGAAUUGAUUAAAAAAACCCAGCUAAA